UUCUGCUUUUGGCGAAUCGUCGUCAUCGUCAUCGCCGUCAUUAACCUCUCCCACAGUUGUGUCAAAUUUAUAUAGAAUGUUAUGUGUAGUGUAUAAACAAAAAUAAUUAUAAUAAACAAUUCUACAUUGUUUUGGAGAAUAUAAACAAAACCAAAGAAAUAUACAUCUAUUAUUAUUAUGAGAAAAUAUGUUUUAAAAUCUCUAAUGAACCGCCUUAAAUAGCCUUUUCGCGCCCGAAAAGGAAAACCGUAAAUAAAGUUGGAAUUUUAAGUGUAUUAUGCUCUUGCGGUUAAUGAAAGUCACUGUCGCUAUUGUUUUAAGUUUAAUGUUUACUGUUUCCUUAGUUAAAAUAGUUUUAUUAAUAUGGAAUGAUUAUCACAUUGCUUUUGAUGAUGAUGGAAAUGUUGAUUUAUGGUUGGAAGAGAAUAAUUUAACCAUUUAUAAGAGUUUGUUUCGUGAAAAAGGAAUUUCAUCUUUAUCAAGUUGUGGAGAUCCAGAACGUCUACCUGAACUUCCACCCGGUGAUGAACAACGUUUACAACGUGCUGCUUUACAUUUGCAACAAAAACUAAUUCUACGCGAAUGGUUACGCGAUCAUCGCUUACAGCAUCAUUAUUCACGAUUGCUUGCUGUUGAAGUUUCCUCCUUAGAGGAUGUCUACUGGUUGGAAGAUUCACGAGCUAGCAAACUUUUGGGCAAAGAUUGGCAAGUUUGGUCGCAGGCGAGACAAAAUCUACCAACGUCCAAAUCACAAUUGGAAUCAUUAAAAGCCCAAUUAUGGUCAACUGUGGUUAAAUCAAGUCAACAUCAAGACGCUUGGACAUGGGGUGGUAUGCUUGUUGUGUCAGUAUCGGUAGCUGGUUUGGUAACCUUGGCCGCAAUGACACAACCAUCAUUGGCGCCUGAAGCGCGCCAUUCACUGUUGCAAUAUGUAACCGGGAAAUAUUUAUUGCCGGCCAAUUGUAAAGUUCAGUGGGAUUGGAAGGAUCCACAUAUUGUUGGCGGUACCAUGUGCUUUAUUGUUCGGUUCUUUCAACGAAAUGGACAGCCUUAUCCUAUCUGUGAUACUGAUCAGUUUUUUGUUGAAGUCACUGAAGGGACACGAAAAGUUGUAACCAUCAGUGAACUUGGAUCACCAACAGACCCAAAUAAUGCUAAUAUAGCUAAAGUUAAAUUCACAGUUCGAACUGCGGGUCAAUAUAAAAUAUCCGUUUUAAUUGGAUCCAGCCAUAUUGCUGGGAGUCCAUUUGCUAAAUCAUUUAUUCCUGGACCAAUCGAUGCGAAACGGUCACGCUUCAUACGACCAGCAACUACCGUUAUUUGUUGUGCUGGUUCACCAACUUUGCUGCACAUUGAGCCAAGAGAUGAAUUUGGCAACGCUUGUGUGUUUGAUCAUAACGAAGAUCCUGUCAAAGGAUAUCGAGUCGAUAUUUACGAUUUACAUGGAAAUCCUAUUGAAAAAUUACAUCAUGCUGUAUCGUUUGCAUACGACAGGGUAAAUUCUAGAGUUUCGGUGACCGCAUUGUUUCCAGAACCGAUUUGCCUUCGUGCUGUUAUUAGUUUUCUAGAACAAAAACUACCAAAUGGUGACUUCGAUAUCAUAGUUCUUAGUAGUAGCGAUACAACUUUAGUUCAUAAGAAUAUUGCAUCACGAAAACACAAUAUUUGCUAUGAAGCAAAAUUAUUGAGUAUUUUUGGUCAAAAUAAAUCGAAACCCCGUAAAGUUCUGUGUUAUGUUGGUCCAAAGCAAAACUCUUUUAUUUUCCAGGUUACUAUCAAAGAAAUGAUUUUAAAAUUUAUUCCGAAACGCAUUGCAACUUUUCGCUUGUGUCCUUCGACUAAAUUUCACUUUCUACCACAAUUGCUCACCCAAUCACAUGGUCCGGUUUUUAUUAUUGACGAUGGUUCUCAGCCCAAAAUAGAAUUGGCAUCAAAGGAUCGUAAUAUAAUUGCUGCAACGUUUACACAUUUCUUGUUGAAAAAUAUUGGUGGAUCAGAGACAUUUAAGGACAAACAGGAUUUCUUCUAUCAUGAAGUUCGAAAAUUCCAUGCAAAUUACUAUCAUGAGAAACUGGCGCUAAAAGUGUCCAGAGACAAGAUCUUGGAAAGUAGCAUGAAGGCUACAAAAGGAUUUUCUGUGUCUGAUUGGUGCGGUAACUUUGAGGUUACAUAUCAAGGCGAGCAAGGUAUUGACUGGGGUGGAUUACGCCGCGAGUGGUUUGAGUUGAUUUGCAGCUCCCUCUUUGAUCCACGGGGAGGAUUAUUUUGUACAUUUCAUGAUAAACAUCAAGCUUUAGUUCAUCCGAAUCCGCAUAGACCUUCACACUUAAAGCUUAAGCACUUCGAGUUUGCUGGAAAAAUUGUCGGAAAGUGUCUGUACGAGAGUGCUCUUGGAGGUUCCUAUCGACAAUUAGUCCGUGCCAGAUUCACACGUUCCUUUUUGGCACAACUUAUUGGCUUAAGGGUUCAUUAUAAGUAUUUUGAACAAGAUGAUCCCGAUUUAUAUUUAUCCAAAGUUAAAUAUAUCCUAGAAACAGAUUUAGAUGCUAGCGAAUCAUUAGAAUUAAAUUUUGUUGAAGAAAUUUACGAUAUCAGCGGUCAACUAUCAAAAACAGUCGAACUCAUACCAAAUGGUUCAAAAGUUCGUGUAACAAAUGCGUCAAAAAAUCAAUAUUUAGAUGCUCUAGCACAGCAACGUUUGUGCAAUAAUGUCAAAGAUGAAGUCGAUAGCUUCCUUAAAGGGCUAAAUGGUAUAAUUCCUGAUAAUUUGUUAAGCAUUUUCGAUGAAAAUGAAUUGGAGCUCUUGAUGUGCGGAACUGGGGAAUAUUCAAUUGCAGAUUUUAAGGCACAUCAUAUUGCCAAUGGAAAUUCUGCUGAAUUUCGUCGUGUUUUGGGUUGGUUUUGGGCUGGAAUCAGUAAUUUCAGUCAAACUGAAAUGGCGCGACUUCUUCAAUUUACCACUGGUUGUUCUCAAUUGCCACCAGGGGGCUUUCAAGAACUUAAUCCACAAUUUCAAAUCACAGCAGCUCCUACUUUUGGUAAUCUUCCUACCGCACAUACAUGCUUUAAUCAGCUUUGCUUGCCAGACUAUGAGAGCUAUGAACAAUUCGAAAAGGCUCUUCUUUUAGCAAUAAGCGAAGGCAGUGAAGGUUUUGGAAUGGUUUAAUUUUUGUUUUCUGUUUUGGCGGUUGAAUAGAGAUUCUGUUAAAAUUGCUUAAGUUCCGUGUUGCCAUUGUGACGAAAAAUGUUUUAAAAAAAUGUUUUUGUUUUAUUUUUAAUAUAUAUUUAUAAUUUUAUUCAAUAAAAAAAAAUUAUAUAAAUAAAUCAAAUUAAACUAAAACUAGGCAGCAUUAAUGCUUUUGUCAAAAAAAUGCACACUAAAUAGUAAUACAAACAAAAAAUAAAAUCAAUGCAAUUUAUUAAAGUAUUGGAUUCUUCUCCAAGAAUUUUUAUAAUGUGUCUUUUUUUAUAGUUUAUAUUUAAGUUUUGUCCUCUUUUAGGCAAAAAUUUCAAAUUAAUUGCAUAAUUUUCACUAUUUGAAAAACAAUUUAUAAAUAAUCAAUUCUAAUCUCUAUGGCAACUUAUUGCAAAGCUUAAUUUUAAGUUGUGCUUAUGUAAACUUUUUAAUACAAAAAAAUUUCAAAAUUGAUUUAGACUUGAGUCGGAACGUUUAAAUAUUUCCACCUUAAAUUUCGUGCGCUAUUAUUAUGUAAAAGAUAUUUUCGAUUUCUGUGAAAAGGGUCCAUUUGUUUGUGUAGGCUUUUUUUUAAACUUAUUUUGAUUUCUGAAGAUAAAAGCUGAUGUAGAUUUAAGAAUAUCGAAAAACGUGCAUAAAUGGUUGAAUAUAAAAUAAAAAUAUCAAAAGAAACAUAUUAAAACAUAACAUACGAGUACAUACAUACAUAGAAAGAAAUAAUUUGAGUUGUGACAAAUCUAUAGAAUUAAGACGUUAAACUUUGCUUUUAUUUAUUUAUUUUUAGCUAAUAUUUAGUUUUUAUGGUGUCCUAUAGGUAAUGUUGGAAUUCCUCUUUCAGAACUCUUUGUUGGCUUAUUACAAUACAAAAUAAUGAAGUUAUUAUUGUUUUUGAUUUUGGCCUUCUUCUAUGGUUUAAAAUCGAGAUAACAAAAAAAACACACUUAUAAAUCGAUCAGACCACAAAGAAUGAUAAAUACAUAUAUAGAAGAUUUUUUGAAUUGAAUCAUUUUGGGAGUAUUUUAUUUAUUUACUUAUUACUCUUUCCCUCUAUAUAAAAGCUGUUAAUUCCAGAAGAGUUCGUAGAUGAAGAUGAUACUAAAAUAAAUAGAUAAAGGCUUAAAAAUCAACCUCCAUCUUUUAUUUCCGGCUUCUAAUGGCCAUUAAAGAUUUAAAUAAAUUUAUUUAUUUAUUUAAUUUGUUUUUAUUUUAGUUAAAUUUGUUUUUAUUUAUUAAGUUUAUACACUGUUAUUUUUAAAAAUAUGUAAAAAUAGAAGCUAAAUUAGUUCAAGUUUUAUAUAAAUUAUAGCGUGUGAAAUAAACUAUUUAAUUAUUUUAAAAUAAUACAUACAAAAAAAGCAAUAUUAUGUUAAUAUAUUUGGAUCUCACAUUGAUAAAUAAAAUGUUAUUUUAUUCUGACCUAGAA